AUGGUUUUUCCCAUGAUUAGCUCGAAGAAACUGGCUGCUCUCGCGAGGAAGUGGAAAACAAUGACGGGUAUUAGAAGAAGGAUAUCGAUCCCUAGGAUCAACUGCAAGCUUGCAAGGGCAUAUCAUUUUGUUGUCUACUAUGUGGAAGAGGGACGUUUUGUUGUUCCCUUGGCGUAUCUACGCACCAGAGUUUUUAAAGAGCUCUUUCGAUUGUUGGAGGAAGAGUUCGGAUCACCGAAGGAUGGCCCUAUAACUCUGCCAUGCGAUGCAGUAAUCUUGGAGUACGUAAUUUCUUUGGUCGAAAGACGCAACACCGAAAUGCUGGAGAAGGCUUUCUUCGAUUUAUCGGGCUCGCAUCAAUGUUACUCCACCGUUGCUUCAUAG